AUGAAGGAAACAUCCCCUCUUGACUCUUCGUCAAGCCCUGGUGCCUCCUCAGCUUUGCCCGUACCGGAGGAAGACUCUGUCCAACCUGACACAAAGAACCCGUCACCAGAUAGUUUGCACACUGCUGCCACUGUUCGUCAAGUAGACCUGGACAUCACGGGGAGCGGCGAGAACGACACCAGAAUGCAAUUCAGCGCUCUCAAAGUCUCAGACGAGGCUAAAUUGCAACACUGGCUUGACGCUCGAACGGAGCGCUCCAAUAUUUUCCACGCUCAGCUCGACUUUGUCAAGUGCCUCACACACAUUUCGCACGGUCUUUUUGAAAUCGAACGAGAGCAUCGUCGAGACGUCCUACGUCGCGAGCUUGAGAAGCUCAAUGAUUUCAUUCCCACAAACGUCUUCAUCCCGACAGAGCUCCGGCCGCAUCGCGUUCUAAGAAUCGUACCGGAGGACGCCCAUGUGUUUUCGACCAAAGAGCGCGUCCCGUAUCUACUUGUCGUAGAAGUGGAAGACCUCUCCACGAAUACCCCAGACGCAGUUUCUCACCAUGACUCGCAUCGUGGCCCGGGACCGUUACGACGGAUCGGAAGUCUGAGUUCUCCUGGACCGUCAGGGAGAAGCCCGACAUCAGCGCGAUCGCAGCGACACGCACCAAGCGAACGCGACGAAGUUGCGGGUGAUCACAUGCCAAAUCAACCAGAGAGCAAGUUUGCAUUUUCACCAGAUGUGACCUCUGGAGUCGGAUCUACCGGAAAGCUUACAAAGCGGGAAAGCUCCUUCAAAUUUGAUUUACAACACGCAGACGAUCGCAGACCACCUGACGAAGAGUUACUCAAGGCUUUAGGAGAACCGUGGGCGAAGAAGAGUGAAAGAUUACGGCGAACGAGCCCGUUCGGAAGCAACCCAAAUUGGCGACUGGUUUCUUGCAUUGUUAAGGCUAGAGAUCAGCUACGACAAGAAAUGUUCGCCCAAAGACUCAUUCAAGAGUUCGCAAGGAUAUUUGAAAAGGCUUCAAUCCCUUGUUGGCUGCGUGCUUAUCAGAUUAUAUCCACAAGCAGUGACUCAGGCCUUAUUGAGACAUUGACCGACGCAAUAUCGAUAGACUCGCUCAAGAAGCAUUCCCCAAACGUGGUGACUCUGCAAGAUUAUUUUGUUGGAAGAUUUGGAGGUCGAGGAUCACAUGCCCAUAAGAGGGCGGUGCGCUGUUUUGUCCAAAGCAUGGCAGGAUAUUCCAUUGUACAGUACUUAUUGAAUAUCAAAGACCGGCAUAACGGCAAUCUGAUGAUUGACUCCGAGGGCCACAUCAUCCAUAUCGAUUUUGGCUUCCUCUUAUCAAAUUCACCGGGUGGGAGCAUGGAAUUUGAGAAAUCACCCUUUAAGCUCACAAAUGAGAUGGUGCAAGUCAUGGGGGGCACAAAAUCCGGUGCAUGGAAGUUGUUUAAGAAACUAUGUGUACAAGGUUACUUGGAAGCUUGCCGGUACGCAAACAAGAUAAUGCUCAUGGUAGACAUUGCUUACCCUGGAAAUGAAUUAAUGCCAUGCUUCUUUCAUGGGAGGGAAUAUAUUCUUGAAAACCUUAGGGAUCGGUUGGGUGUUGACCUUUCAAAAAAGGAGCGAGCUUCACGCAUGAUGAAGCUCAUUAAUACUGCCCACGGUAAUUGGACGACCAAGGCAUAUGAUCAGUUCCAGAAAGUAUCCCUUGGCAUAGCAAAGUAA